AACAACCAUCUCACGCCACUGUCCUGCGGUGGGUCUGCUUUCAAAAGCGACACGACGUUGGCUACCAGCGUUAGCAGUAUUUAUAACGUCAACUAGGUUACUAAUAUAAAUUACUACGCAUUAUGUGCGAGUCACGGCGACUUUGCGCUAACGCUAAAUGUAGCUAGCAGUGUGAGUUCAGUAACUUGUCAGCUUAAGGCGGACAGUGACAGCUGACAGUCAGUAAAGUAAACAACAGCAGGUAUUUGGUAAUUUGUAGUUUCAUAUCGAUUUGGAUUGGAUCAGACCAGGAAUGCUAACGUGCUAACGAUAUUAUUGUUUUGGUUCAUUGUGUUGUAGGCUAUGAGUGUGGGUGAUGGAGGACAGUCAAUGCGGAGACUUGGACUACCUGGUCCAAGAUGAGGAUACUCUCAUUGAAGGUGUUGGCAACCAGGUCGUAUUUGCUGUGGUGCUGAGCAUCACCUUCCUUGCAGGAAUUCUCACUUUGCUCUGCAGACAACAGCAGCAGAACAUUCAUCCUGAGAAUCAAGAGCAUGUUCGAGCCGUCCGACAACAGCUCCAAACCGAGCAGGAUGAAAAUCCUCAGGCGGAGGCCAGGCAGCAGUAUUACACAGACAUGUCUUGUCCUGUGUGUUUACAGCAGGCGGUUCUGCCUGUGGAAACUAACUGUGGACACCUUUUCUGUGGAUCCUGCAUUGUAGCCUACUGGAGGUAUGGCACAUGGCUGGGUGCUAUUCACUGCCCCAUAUGCAGACAAAUGGUUACGUUGCUGUUCCCACUGUUUCAUGAGCACACCACCCCUCAGAGGGUCCAGGAGGAGGGGGCGGAGCCUCAGUUGAUACUCACGGACAUCGUCGAUUACAAUCGCAGGUUCUCAGGCCAGCCAAGAUCUUACAUGGACAGGCUGCGAGAUGUGCCCACCCUGCUUCGUCAUGCCUUUCGGGAGAUGUUCUCUGUGGGUGGCCUCUUCUGGAUGUUCAGGAUUCGGAUUCUUCUCUGCCUUGUGGGAGCAAUCACCUACCUGGCCUCGCCGUUCGACAUCCUCCCUGAGGCACUUUUCGGUCUGCUGGGAUUCAUGGACGAUUUCUUUGUGAUCCUACUCCUCUUUGUGUACAUCUCCAUCAUGUACAGAGAGGUGGUAACGCAGAGACUUAAUGGUUAGAGGUUCUUUGAUAACAGAAGCUUUCACUCGCUCGCAGCGGGCUCGGGAAGAGUGAACGCGGGCGUCUGAAGUGGCCACGCAUCUUGGUUCAUCACUGGAGAGGGGUCAUCAAAAGAAUGAACUCUGAAUGUUCACACGAGAUAGAAUUCACCACGAAUGCUUCAUAGAUUGUGUGGGAUGACGGGGGAACAACAAAAGACAACAGAAGACCUGUUGGACUCUAAGAGGAAGUCGUUUCGGUGCAUUCAGUGACUUGAGAGGCUGAACUGAACACUACCACCACCAUGUGUCAUCAUUGCCAGUUAUUUGGUUAAUGUGCACGAACAUAAUGAAGACUACUGUGUAACAAAAUGUGGUUAUGAAUGUACUGUCUACAUGGCAGUGUCUUGAUUAUAUGCAUUUAAAGUUGUAUGUCUGCAUUGAGACUAUUGAGUGGAGAACCAUCUUGUUGUGGCUAUUGCAGCCUGUUGGGUCAAUUAAACUGAUAAUGCAUUUGUUUAAUUAA